AUGCCAAUACGGCCAAAUCUUUUAGCAAGUCGGAGGACCCGAUCUUCGAUUGCAAAACAUAGCGGUCUCCUCGAUAGAUCCAUGUCCUAUGGUUCACUACAAAGGGGACUUUUUGAGCGGCGGCGUGGCCACAACACUUGCAUACCAUCUGUCUCGAGGUUUCAAAAUGUGUCUUUGCCGAAUACGAACCCCUCGUACACUCCACUCGCGAGCUUUCAACCAAAGCGGACGUUUUCCAACACUACACGCAAAGAAGGCAUAUGGGAUGAUGACGACGAAGAAGUCCUAGAGCCAAAACCCGCGCAACGAACUCCAGGCCGGUCGGGGUUUGUGCGCCCUGCCCAUCAUCGAGACUUGACAAGCUUGAUUCGAUCGAGAGCAGAGGGAAAAGCUCGCGUAUCUGAACGCCUGCGCAUUGAGAAGCAGUUCAAUUCGCUACCUUCAUACCAGAGGCUUGUUGAGAAUUUCAUCCAAUUGAAGUAUAAACACCUUGAUGACCUCGUUGUUGAAUCCACUAAGGCCAGUCAAGAUUGCAUCGAGGCCACUGAAAGACAUGUGGCUGAAUGGGAAAAUCGCUCAAACUUCAUCACGGCGCGAAGUAUAGCUAUAGUGUCAGACGCCACAGAUUCAGUUCUACAAGCAGAGAAAAUUACGAAAGAGUACAUCGCUGAAGUGAGACAUCUUUCGUCUUCCAUACUGGGCCGAAUCCAGGCUGCUGUCACAAAAGCAGAGAAUACCGCUCGGAUAAUUGAUCAUGAAUUCUGCUGCACUGUUUUUGCUGGAACUCCAGAAUUAGCAAGAGAGCUGCAGUUAUCCGCCCAGAACAUCGGCGAUUGGAGGACUUCUCUCCGUGCGAUUCACAUAACGCUCCUGGAACCUCAGAUCAAGACUUCUGAGCAAUCAAUCCGUCAAUUGAGAGACCUUCUCAACAACGAUUACCUAAGACCCAGGGAAACUGCGAGAAGUCGAAUUGAUGGAGUGAUUCAUCAAAGCAAACUGAUUGAUAAAAACUACGCCGAGUUGAGACUGAAAGCCACCAAAGCAAGGCCCUUCGCCAUCAGAGACCUUUGCCUAGAGCUUCAAGGCAACGUGAACAUUGAUCCAGCCGAUAGACGGGUGUUUGGCCAGUACAAAGAAUUUAUUGAGCGUAGUCAUAGCGAAAUUCGUUCAUUUGCUCAUUAUCACCGUUCAGCCUGGCUUAGAAGGCAAAUGGCUUUCCAUCCACUUCGACAAAGUGAACUAUGGAAUCUGUCUGAUUUCAUGGCAGCAGCAGCUUCGGCACGUCCUUCUACAGUAACUGACAAGAGUAUCUUGCUUGCACAUGCGCUAAGUGCGCCAGAGGCCUCACCGGCGAGUCAGUACUUAGAGAACAGUCGGCUCCUCCUAUCCAACAAGAUCUAUCUCCAAUACAAGCGUCUUUGGAAGCCAAAACCGGCACGCAGCUCUGAGCUACAUAUCUAUUGGCGACAGUUGGAUGUAAUAGCUCCACUUUACAUGAUCGAUCUUAGCACAUGGUCGCUUCACAACGAGGGUUGGUACCUUCACCACAGCCUCAGAGGUGAUCAUGGAGCAUUGUGGGCCUGGGUUCCUGAUACGACUCUGCGGCACACUCUUUCAAAUUUGGCCGAUUGGUGCAUGAGAUUUCAGGAACAUCGCGGUAGUCUUCGAAAAUUGGUUGCUAGUUACAAGCAUAUAAACUGGCUGCGUCUUCGAUCGGAAACCGUGCUCCACUCAAUGGGAGAACCUGCCUAUCUUGCUGGAAGGUUUGAAGUCCUUGAUCCAAUCAGCCAGGAUAACCGCCGCUUCAAGCAAUGGACCGAUCGCAUUGGCCAGCUGGCUACUGAAGCCCAUACUACCUCGAUCGCCACCCAGAUGUCGGAAAAUGAGUGGGAAUCCAUCCACAACCAGUUUGGCCGCCCGAUUGUGCGGGAUGCUUCCGCCAGCCCCCAGUUCUUAGAACUGGGUUCUUCGGUGGCCAACCCCAGGCGUAGGAAGGGACUAGAGGAAUUCAAAUCUCCCAAGGAUAAGGCUGCUUUUAUGAAUUUCUCUCAGAGCCGUCUCUCGAGGUAUAUUAAUGAGCAAGUGCCGGGCCAUCCAAAGUCCCCACCUACCAGUAAGGAUAAUCAGGGGCCCGAUCAGGUUGUGAAACGCUCGAGUCGUGCCUCUGGGCGGAGAAUAGGGAGGCUAAGGAAGAGAGCUGAACAACAGCAUUCAGCCGAUUUAGCUGCCAACCAAGGUGUUGAACACGAGAGGCGCCUUGAAGACAAACUCAAUGGCUCAACAACAGAAGCUGAUGACCACUCAACAAAGGGGAAGCCUGUAUCUAAAUCACCCCCAGUGGAUGUGCCUAGCGUUCAGACCAAUCAGGAAGACAGUCGGGUCAUCUCCAAAUCCUCGCCCAGACUCUGGAAGAAGCAAUCUAGGAGCCACGACGUGCCUGAAUUCGACUCGUCCCUGGGCAAUGCGCUUGCUAGCCAUACAUAUCAAGAAGGAAACCAGGCUCCUCCCAGGCCAGCACACAUGCUUUCGAAGAGCAAAGACAUGGGCCCCAAUAAGGAGCCACAUCUUGAUAGCCUCCAACCACCGAUGAGACAAACCAGUAAUGAAUACCCAGGCACACGGAGACACAACAAACCCCGACCUGCCCUUAUGCUAUGGAGAAAACCAUUCGUUCAACCAGAACCAAACAACGGGAGAAAGUAUAGUACGGAUGCAGUGUCCUACCGAACAAAAUUUCGACAAGACGGCGAUGUCAGCGAUGAUCCCCUAUCUAAACGGCCGUUUGAAACUGCUAUGACCCCGGUCCCAGAUACCAUGGCCAGAGAUGGGCCAGGGUCUAUUGAAGAAAAUGAUUCCGCAGUUGACCUAGUCCCAUCAUCAGAUAUUGGUUCCAGUGUCAACAAUCUUACAACCCCCCAGUUUUGGAGCCAUAGUUCACAGCAAAGCCCCGAUGGCCGAAAACUCAUCGUGCAUUAUUGCCGGACCCUUCAAAGCACCGAAGAAGCUGUGCAACAUUUCCUUGGGAGUAAGGUCAUUGGAUUUGACAUGGAAUGGAAGGCUCAAGCAUCGGGUUGGGACAGCAUUCAAAGCAAUGUUUCCGUGAUCCAAAUCGCAAACGAGGAGCGUAUCGCCAUCUUCCAAGUUGCGCUCUUCAGACCUGCACGUUCUUUGGAGGACUUGGUCUCCCCGUCAUUAAAACGCCUCAUCGAAUCUCCCGACGUCAUCAAAGUGGGUGUUUCAAUCAAAGCAGACUGCACUCGGCUGCGCAAAUACCUCGGCGUCGACGCCAGAGCCACCUUUGAGCUCAGCCAUUUGUACAAAUUGAUCAAGUACGGCAAAGACAAUCCCAAACUGGUGAACAAGAGGGGCGUCAAUCUCAGUGAGCAAAUCAACGAGCAUUUCGGUCUGCCUCUCGAGAAAAGUGAUGAUGUCCGCUGCAGUGAUUGGACUCGGGCUUUGAAUUAUCGUCAGGUUCAAUAUGCUGCUACCGACCCCUAUGCCUGCGUUCGGCUGUUUCAUACCAUGGAGGCGAAAAGACAAGCCAUGAACCCAGUGCCGCCUCGUCCUGCAUACGCUGAACUCAACCAGCCCAUUGUUCUUCCACUUGGACAAGCAGUCAACAGCGAGGAGGACCCAUUGAUCUGA